CUAAUAUCAUCCCUCUCGAGAAGAGAUUACGCCGCGCAUUUUUAGGGUUUCAGAGAUCGGCAGAUUUUCACAUUCACAAACAUGACGACUCAGAUCAGCAAGAAGAGAAAGUUUGUAGCAGACGGUGUGUUCUACGCUGAAUUGAAUGAGGUUCUUACAAGAGAGCUAGCAGAGGAUGGUUACUCUGGUGUGGAGGUUAGGGUAACUCCAAUGAGGACUGAGAUUAUCAUCAGAGCUACACGUACUCAGAAUGUUCUCGGUGAGAAGGGAAGGAGAAUUAGGGAAUUGACAUCCCUUGUCCAGAAGAGAUUCAAGUUUCCAGUAGACAGUGUUGAGCUUUAUGCCGAGAAGGUCAACAACAGAGGUCUCUGUGCCAUUGCUCAAGCUGAAUCUCUACGAUACAAGCUUCUAGGUGGUCUCGCUGUUCGUAGGGCUUGCUAUGGUGUAUUGAGGUUUGUUAUGGAGAGUGGAGCUAAGGGAUGCGAGGUCAUUGUGAGUGGAAAGCUCCGUGCAGCAAGAGCCAAGUCUAUGAAGUUCAAGGAUGGUUACAUGGUGUCAUCUGGUCAACCAACUAAGGAAUACAUUGACUCUGCAGUGAGACAUGUUUUGCUUAGACAGGGUGUGUUGGGAAUCAAGGUUAAGGUUAUGCUUGAUUGGGAUCCUAAGGGCAAAUUAGGACCAAUGACACCAUUGCCUGAUGUUGUGAUCAUUCAUUCUCCUAAGGAAGAAGAGACUUACGUUGCACCUGCUCAGGUUGCUGCCCCGGCUGCUCUCAUAGCGGAAGCUCCACUUACAGCCGUAGAUUACCCAGCGAUGAUCCCAGUCGCCUAGAAAAAUCCUUGUACUAGUCUAUGUUUUCAACUGUUCUUCCUCUUUUGACAGAUUAUAGCUUCUCGUAUCUUCGAAUCAGACACGUUUCCUCUGUUCUUAUUCGAAAAUUAUCUCAAGUUUCCAAUGUUGAAAACUUGAAA